UUCAUUAACUUAAACAACUAACCAAGCCUGAAUUCAGAAGGAAGAAAGCAAAAAGAUGUGUGAGGAAGGAAAUUCAGGAAAGAGGUCUUGGCCUGAGCUGGUGGGCGAAGAUGGGAAUAAGGCUGUAAAGAUCAUAGAGGAAGAGAAUCCGAAUGUGGUCGUAGUCUUACAAGCUGGGCCAGAGAUCAUAUCCAAACCAUUAUAUGGUCCCGAUGGCAGUAUCAUAGGCUACCAAGCAGUCUCAGGCCGCCCGCCAUACGCAGUUCCUCCCGGCCUCGCGGUUGUUGAAGUCGUUCUUGACGUCGAGGGAAAGGUCGAAAAGGUUCCCGUCAUUAGUACAUCCUAAAAUUAACUUAAAUUAGUUAGGAAGAUCAUGAGAGUAUAAGGAACACUGUCUUAGUUGUUAUAAAACCUUUAGGA